CACCGACGCGCGUUGUUACGUCGAGUCACACCGCUUCCUGGACCGUUUUACUGCCAUCUAGUCCAGCUGAUCAGGUCAGAAGGCUUUACCUCCCAGCUCGAGAGGAUACAGUGACGGAGUCCGAUCGUCUCAACCCGAAACAUAUCUAUAAUUCUGUUAGUUAUUUGCAUCAUUUACAGGUUCUCUACAGCUAUUACCGGUACUUAAAGUUCUCAGUCGCUGGCACAGAUCUCCAUCAGGAAUAUUUCGGCGCACAUCCCAGCUCGCUUCUCUUUGAAAGGCAUCUUCGCAUAGCACCAUGUUCCAGGAAGACGAAAAACGGUUUUCCUAUGAAGACCACAAGACGACUGCUGACUGGCUUCUGUCAAAAACGCAUCACCGGCCCCUCAUCGCCAUCAUUUGUGGCUCUGGAUUAGGUGCGCUGGCUGAUUCGUUGAAAGACCAAGUAUCCUUCAAGUACAGUGAGAUUCCAAACUUCCCUCAGAGCACAGUACAUGGACAUGCUGGCUGUUUGAUUUUUGGAAAUCUGAAUGGAAAGCCAUGUGUCUGCAUGAAGGGCAGAUUUCACUUUUAUGAAGGUUACCCAAUCUGGAAGGUGACCUUUCCAAUCCGGAUUUUCCACCUUCUUGGCGUUGAGACGAUUAUUGUGACAAAUGCAGCAGGAGGACUAAAUCAAGAAUACAAGGUGGGGGAUAUAAUGGUUAUUAAAGACCACCUCAACCUGCCUGGCUUUGCUGGAAAUAAUCCUUUGGUUGGACCAAAUGAUGAAAGAUUUGGAACUCGCUUCCCUUCCAUGUCAGAUGCCUACAAUGCGGAUCUGCGGAAGCUUGCGUGCACCGUCGGCAAAGAACUUGGAUUCAGCGAUUUUAUCCGAGAAGGUGUAUAUUGUGUUCUCAGUGGGCCCUCCUUUGAGACUAUCGCCGAAUGUCGGAUGCUGAACUGUCUUGGAGCAGAUGCUGUGGGCAUGAGUACCGUCCAUGAAGUGAUCGUGGCUCGCCAUUGUGGUCUGCGUGUUAUUGGUUUAUCUCUCAUUACAAACAAAUCAGUGAUGGAGUACGACAGCAGUGAAAAACCCAACCAUGAAGAAGUUCUGGAGACAGGAAAAUGGAGGGCAGAACAAUUCCAAACGUUUGUGUCAACUCUUGUUGGGCGCAUUGAGCUUAAUAAUAACUUUUGAGAGAAAGUAAAGAAACAGUGAUGGAAGUAAUGGGGAGAGAACACAACUGAAUGUAGAGCCUAAACGGGCUCAGUCUCAUGUCUUGAGAGUGUUCAUCACCAUGGCUUCCAACCACAUACCCUAUUCUCUAUCUUUGUGAUAAAUGCUAUUUAUUUAACCCUUUUUUUAAAGAGUGUAUUCAAAUUUGCUACAGGCUGUAGAGGGAUGUAUCUUUUAAUUAGGUGGUGAGUGUGAGAUUAUACUGUAAAACUAAUUAGGGGUCUACAACAGAGGUAUCGUUUAGUUUCAUCAGUACAUCCAUCAGUUAUUCAACUUGUUCAAUACAAUUAAGGGGUACGGGAAUUUGGAGCUCCUAUUUUUACAUUUCCACAUAGUAAAUUAAGUUCAGCCAUUUCAGACAAACACCAUUUUUUAUGACAUGAAGUUGCUCAAAGUCAUCCAGAGCAAACUCCAAUGGGUGUUUUUAGUUUCCACAUUUUAUUGAAAGAACUCUGUAAGAUGUUUCUAAGUGGUGACCAUCAUCCACUCUUUAUUUCCAAAGGUUGUUAAACUGAUGGGUGUGAUAGUGGAUGGUAUUUUUGGGCCUAUGUGCUCUAAAAUGCAUGUGAGCUAUAAGGUUUCACUCAUGCGUCACUAGAAUUUGAUCAGUAUGUGAACUUAAAUACUGUAGAAAUCAAACCAUUGUCCUUUACUGACAAGAUAAAGAAAUUUAGGAUUCUGUGAGGGUUUUGUCAAAGUUUGCUUACUUGUUGGCAGCACGCAGUGUGGCAUAGUGGUUAAAGCUUCAAAACCUCAGGUUGUAAGUUUGAAUCCCACCGCUGACACCAUGUGACCAUGAGCUAGUCACUUCACCUGACUGUGCUCCAGUUGGUAAAAGAAAAGAAAUGUAACCAAUUACACCUAAGCGUUGGAUAAAGGCGUCAGCUGAAUAAGUUAAUAUAAGUUCAGACUUAGGCUAAUAUAUAUAUAUAUAUAUUGUUUUUAAUAAAUUUCAGCAUAUACUGUAUAUUUUGCACUUCCCAUCACAUGACAUCAAUGCGACACCAGUACUUUGGGUUUCGCCAUUGUGGAACGAGCCCUGGACACAGACAGGUAGAUAUGGUUAAAAGCACCACCACACGUUUAUUUACAGUCUUAAUAUUUACAGUAAUAAGUGCACACAAACCCCAAGGUCCCCAAAAGUCCAGGCCAACACCAGACUAUGCCUCUUUCUCUUCAGGCCGCCUCCUUGCCUCCUCCAAGACCUCGUCUCUCGACCUCCAGACUCCAGCCCUUGAAUUGAGGGAGGCGGCCCCUUUUGUAACCACCCGGAUGUGCUCCAGAUGCCUCCCGACAAUCUUCCGCCAGCACUCCCCAGUGUGGCAGAAGUGCCGGCUGCGUACCUGGAAGCAAUCCGGGUGUCCCCGAUCCUCUUUCCCCCAGCACUUCUGGGUGUGGCGGAAGUGCUGAGGUCCAGGGCUCCGUAGGCAUUGGGGCGCCUCCUGGCGGUGACCAUGGGCCCCUACAGGGCUGAGCUUCAAAGCUCUCUACCCGUGGUCCCCAAAGCCACCGGGUCCUGGCUGGGUAUCACCCCCAGCCACGUGCCACACCAUAUUGUAGACUUUGCAUUGCCAAUAUUUCUUAAAGGGUUAAAUUCUUUACCAUCAUUUAUUUAUUGAAAGAUCUGCAUAUUUACUGUUUCUUUAAUGGCAAUAUUAAUUUCACAAGAGUAUAUUUAAAGCAAUAUUGCACUGCAAGCACUUCCAUUUUCAAGAAGUAAUAUACAAACUGUUAAUCUGAACCAACUUUUGUACUGUAUUCUGAACAAAAAGCUGCAGUUUAAUACUGUGACACGAAAUUGUAAGACUUAAACUUGAUUGCGUAUUUUUACCGUUAGUUCUUAAGCAUUCCUCGACCAAAUAUCUUUGGUGAACGUUUUGCAGUUUUAGACCUGUGCAAAAUUUAAUUCGACAAAACACAAAUUAGGAUCAUAGAAACAAGUAUUGUAAAAGAAUUUGGAUUCAUACAGUAGAUAAGAUCACUUGGCUUUGGCAUGAGUUAGUAAUGCUGGAAACAAAGCCACAUUCCCACAUUCAACAUGUUGAAUUAGUUAGUAAUAUCACGUGCGUUGCUUCAUGAGUUUAGCACACACUGUUUUCAUUUACCUGCGAUCUGCAAGUGGAUUUCCAGAAUUGCUGCUCCAUUUGUGAUGUGCAGUCUGUCUAUGUAAAUGCUGCAUUGAAUGAAUGAAUGUGUGAACAGUUCAAAACCGGUUUGACUCCAUCUUGACCAAAUGUAGACAGUACAGCAGUCAUUCAUCACUAAGCACUAAUGCUUUGGAUGUCAGAGCCAGAUUUUAUGCACAGACCCAGAGAUGACUGAUGGAAACCUUAAGGGUGGAGGGUCUCAAUUUUUUAUCUAUUUAUUUUUAUCAUAUUUAUUAUUCUAUUUAAUUUUGUAUGCAUUGUACUUUAUGAUAAAAGAAUGAUCUGUUAGAACUUUUUUGUGUGUUGCUUCUCUCCCUGACUUGUCUCUCCUAUUCAGAUAAAAAAACUAAGUGCAGCCUGGUGCUCACCAUCUUAGAGUAGUAAAUGCUUGCCCAAUCUGCAUGUUAUCAGCUAAUAGAUUGCUUUCAUCAGUUCUAAAGACAUCCGCCAGUAGAAGCACAGACUUAAAAGGAUCAUUAUCAGGGAUUUAAUGAGGUAUAACAAUGCUGUGGUUUAUUGGGAGAGAUUAAACAGUUAGGCAAGUGUGAGCAACAACACUUUCAUUGUGAUUAUCGCUCUUUGAGACAUGGCCAGUCUUCUUCAGUAAUGCAUUCUGUAAAAAUGUUUUAUUCUUCUAGUUUACCUUUAUCUAACAAUGGAUACAUAGUGUUGAUUGAUAUGUUAUUACAGAUUGAUUACUGUGGUUUGUAAAGGCCAUUCAUUCACAUUUGGACACACUUGCUGAGUGGUGUCUUUUGAUUGUGCAUGUUACGGAAAUAAAAAAUAAAUGUCCGCUAAUUAUGAACUCUUUGACUUGACCACAUAUGAAAACCGAGCAUUUUUAAGCAAGGCGUGUUUCUUCUAAAACGUAAAGCAGUUUUACUUAAUAAAGUGGUCGGUCUUCACACACCUGCGUAGUGCUUCUGUUAAGGCUGGCAGUGUUGUAUACGUAUAAUGCAACUCACUGAAGAUUCACUUAGACCAAUUCAUAGUCAUGGAGGGUCUGGAAACUGCCCCAGCAGCAUUGGGUACAAGACAGAAAGCCCUCCAUGGGCAGGGCACCAGGCCCAUCACAAUGCCUAUGCAAGCACCUUGUUGGAAGACCCUGGCAGACUCCACACAGACAACAGCAGGUUGUAGGAUCUGAACUCUCAACACCUGCGUCUGGGUGUGCAAUGCCACCCCUUGUAUAGAUAGCCAUUUGUAUAUAAAUACAUGUUUAUGAUGGCAGUAGGUAUGCUGCAGGCUCUCCUAAAUAAGUAGUGACAGCAAUGCUAACACAAAAAUAUAAUAACUCUAUCCCAAAACCUAAAUGGGUGUCCUACACAGAACAUGCCCCACGUAAUUGGCCUCUGCCCGCUAAUAUGUACAAUGACAAGAGUGCUGAAAACAAAAAAAAAGAAAUAAUGAAAUAGUGUACAAAGUCUAUGUGGACAGAAAUGGCAAAAACAGUCUACAAGGACCAAAAAAAAUAAACCAAGUAGUAUUUGCAGCUUUGAAAAUAAGAGUCCAGCUUCCAAGAAAGUGUGUAAAAGAUGAUUAUUUUGUAUUUCCAUUUAUAAGUACGAGAUGACUAUUGUGACCUCGCAUGCAACACAAUGUACUGCUUAUGUGACCGGCGGCAUGCAUGAGCACGAUGAAUGCUUCAGAGACGCAAGCAUCCUCGUGACGAUGACACAAGUGUAGCCAUACUGAAGAAAACAACCAAUAAGAGAGGCUAAAAUAGCAAAACAUUGACAAAAAUCGUAAGGAAGUUUGUUUAAUUUGUUUUCAGUCGUGAGUGCUGCAGUGUGUGCACAAUGAGGCGUUAUGAUUCAGGAGUGUUGUUAUAACGGGUUAGGCGGCCGAUGUCAAAACGGCUAAACUUUAGCAUUCCUAUGGGACCGAUGAACUGACGCCAGGCAUUUAGUGGACUGACGGCAAGCAGAUUGGGUGUGGCACUAGAACACUUCAUACAUUUAAAGAGAUUUUUUUGUUGUGUUCCAUUUUUUAUUGCCUGUUAAAGAUUUUCAUCAAAUUUGCAUUGUUUUGUGUUUUUUUGUAAAACAAAAAAACCCCAUCAUUUAGUAAAUUAGAUAGCAGUUCUUUUCCCAUUUUCCUGUUUUACAGUUGUUUCUCAAAAGUCUUACGUUUUUCUCUCGCCAUUCCACAUACCAGUUACCAGUUAGAGACAUUGUGGUCGGCUAUUCUACCCAAAGUCAGGUCAUGGGAAGCACUUGUGGUUCGGGGGUCCAUUUAUUGGUUGAUCUGAAAUUUUACAUUCCAUAUGUUAUGCCUGAUAGAGGUUGAAAAAUGUAAGAGUUUAAGUAAUAUUAAAGUUAUUUUCUGUGUAGUUUCCAAAAAUCUGCAUAUUUUGGUUUGUUUUCACUUUAUGCUUAUUGUGCUUUUUAGAAAUAAAGCAAUCUUAUAUUUUUUUGCAGAGUAUAAGAAAAAUAUUUAGGUGGUAUUGUUUUCUCUUUAACGGUCAGUUUUGCUGAAAAACCAUAAUUGAGGUUUCAUGAAAAUGGAGAUGAAAAAAAUAAAGGAAAAAUAUCUUUUAUAAAGUCAGUAAAUGGGUGAACAGAACUUUUUUCUUUUUUGUCAUUUGUUCUACUGCAAAAUGUGUUCUUAAUGAUUACACUGUAUAUUUAGAUAUAAUACUGUAUAAAAUGCCUGUUAGGUAUGCACUGUACAUAAUAUGCUGUAUAUGAAGAUAUAAAAUGACUUUAUGAUAUCUACUGUACAUAACACGUUGUAUACUAAGAUAUAAAAGGACUAUGAGGUAUGUACUGUGCACACUUUAAUGUACUGUAAUUAGGAGAAGGUGUAAACUUGAAAGUCCAGCUCAGUGAUCCAAUGCCAGUUCAAACCAGUGCAGCGCCCUCUUGUGGAGCAACACUGCGGCUACCAAGCUGGCCGAGCCGGAACACCGAUGUUUAAGUUAAUAAUUGAGCUGCUUUAGAGCUUUUCAUUUGUGAAAGGAAAAUAAAUUAAAAUACAGCAGGAUCAGCUAUAAAAAGAGAGCAGUCUGAUAGCGUAUCUGAAUAUUUGGUCUGUAUGGCUUCUGCAGCUGAUACCAUCAUUUCGAGUUUUAUUACACUAUUUACAGCGGCCAAAGUUAAGAUAGUGGCCAAUAAUGUAUACAGGAUGUUUGUUCAUGUAAGCUGAAUACUUUCUAAUCUUAUUGUGAUUUCUUACAUAAUAUAUUUUAAAUAUAAAUGGGCUAGGACCAAUAUAGACACUGUUAAAAAUUUUGCUUGAGCAAUUUUUAUGUUAGUUUACCCGAGAAAUUCUGGACAAAUGUCAAGUAUAUUUAAUAAAGUUGUCUCUUUGUCCGUGUGUAGCUGUCAUCAAAAUAUGUGGAAGUUUUCUGAAGCUUGGCAGGCAACUUCAAGUCUGAAGUAUGUUGUGCAGUUUACUUAUCAAAUAUGUGGUACAUGCAAGGUAUGAUCACAUUAAAGUGCUAUAAAGGAAA